AUGAAUCAUCCGAGUAGCAACAACCACACGAGACGAUCACUCGCUAAUACCACGAGUUUUCAAAAAAGUAGUGCUCCUCCUUCUGCUGCACAUUAUUCAAAAUCAUUACCUCAAUUCCCUUUCAAUUCUAUGGAAUCCUCCAUAUCGAGCAGCUUUUCCAAUCUUUCGAUGCAACCACCACCUCCUCCUCCGAAUACUAAUUUGAAUGUGAGUUCGAUGAGUCAUGUAUCGUCAAUACCACCAAAACCAUCCCAUUCCGAUCAUGCCUCUUCUCUUGUUUCUUUAAAUGACUUACAGGAACAAGAUGUAUUUAAGGUUUUAUCCUUCUUCUUUCCCAAAGGUUCCCAAUUUUCAAUGAACAAAUGUGAAUGUGGCGCUUUGUGCCCCUUGAUUUCAAUUCCUGCUUCCUAUCUGCAUCAAGUCGAUCCUUCCAUGGUGCAACGAUCUCUCCAACAACGAAAAGAAAAAAAUGCAUCAGCACAACAACCAAAAAUCAUCAUUCGAAGAACACCACACCGAGAGGUUUCCAUCUUUUUUGACCCGGAAGCUGCUGAUAAAAACAAAACAAUAAUGCAUCAAAUUGAUGAAGGGUUUACAAUUAAAAGAAAUGAGAGAGCGGUGAACACGAAUAAUAUAACAGCAAAUUUAGUAUCAUUGCUUGGAGCAGAUGAUAUUUUGGGUGCAGCCAGCCACAAAACGGAUGGAAUUUCAUCCAUGAACGCAGACACAGAAAAUAUUAAUACCAUUGGUUCAUCAUCCGAUGGACGAAUGUCACGAUCUUCGAAUAUUCAAAUGUUGCUCUCAGAAUAUGAAAAUCAAUUGAAAUCUCUUCGAGAACAGCUUGAUCAUGUCAUGUCUGAAAAGCAACUCAUCCAAUCUGCCUCUCAUAACAUUUCCGAAAAAGCUGGGAAACAAUUAGAAGAAAUCUCGAGGCUUCAAGAUGAAAAUGCCUCUCAAAGAGAAAAAAUUAACAACCUUCGUAAGGUUGUAAGAUCCUAUGAGGCAAUAAUUAACAAGAAUGAAAACGACAAAUCAUUACUGGAGCACAAAACUGAAGAAAUUGAAAAAUGUAAAUCCAUAAUCAAUUCCAAAGAUAAAGAAAUAGAUCGCCUGCAAGAGCAAAUAGUGCUGAGUAAUGAUUCCAUUAAUCAGGCAGCAGAAAUUAAAAAUCAUGCGUCCAAGAAAGAACAAGAAUUAUUGCUUCUCAGUGAAGAUGUGCAAAAUUUGAAAUGGGAACUUGCAGAGAAGGAGCGACUAUCACAAGAAAAAAUUUCAGAAUUGCAGAACUCGGCCGACAUGUUGUCACAACAUUUAAAAGUUGAACAAGAAAAGAACAGGAGCAUGAAAACUGAGUAUGACCUGUUGAUUAGAAACAAAGACGCUGAAUUGGUAUCUCUGAGACAGCAACUUGAAAUGGAGAGAAGUAAUCUUUCUAUUCUUCAUGAUAAAUACCAAAUGCUGGAAACAAAAUACAAACAAGAACAAAAAUUGAUAUCACGACUCGAGCAAGAUUAUAAACAUAAUGAAAUUGCCAUGGAAUCUCUCAAAAAGAAGUAUGACAAGAUGAUGGAGAUCAAGGACGAAUGGGAAACGAAAUACAAUGCUAAAUCUCAAGAGUUGAAGCAAUAUCAAGAGAAAAUGAACGAAGAGAGGACACGUCUACAAAACGAUUUCGACUCCACUCUCAAGAAUUAUCAACAAACGAGUCAACAAACUAUCUCGAAUCUUACGGACCGACUUGAACAGGUUAGAAAUGAGAAUCGAGCUCACAUCACCGCAUUGGCAAGCAAGGAAGAAAUGAUAGUUUCAGCACAAAUUAAUUCGCAACAAAAGAUAUCAGAGCAUAAGGAAGCAAUUGAACAACUGAACUCUCAACUAAGAAAUAUGUCCGUAGAUCUACAACAAAAGGAAAAUGAAAUUUCAAAACUUCGAAAAUCGUUAGAUCAAAUAGAAAAGGAUAAAAGAACUCUCGAGGUUGUGAUUUUAGAAAAAACCGAUCUAAUUGUGAGGCAUGAAAUGUGCAUUUCAAACUUGGAAAUUGAAAAGAAAAAGUCCAGUUUUGAAAUAUCUGAAUAUUCUAACAGACUUGCAAAACUUGAUCACAAAACGAAUGAGUUAUUGACCGAGGUAACUAAAUUACAAGAAGAAAAUAGAUCUCUCCAAGACAAUAACGAGUUGUUAAAUCAACAAUUACUAUCAAAAGAUAUGGACAUGAAACAACUUUUGGAGUUAAAGACAAAAGAAAACGAAAGUAUGGUUCAUCGAGCAAAAUCUGAGCUUGAGAAGCAAUUAUUAGACCUUCAGCAAGAAAAGGCUACUGUUCAACAGCUUUAUGAUAACCUUGUUGAAGAAUCAAAGUCUCUACAAUAUAAUAUUCAACAACAGUCUGAAACAAUUCAUCGUAUUUCUGACGCAUUGAUGCAAUCACAAGAUAAAAACAAAACUCUCCAAACAGAGUUGGAAGCUCUCAAAGAUAAAUUAAUUAUCAGCGAGAAGGCAUACAAUGAAAGCCAAGAAAUUUCAGAAAAGAAAAUUGAAGAGCUUUCAGAUCUUAUUUUGGUUAAAACAGAAUGUAUGAACGCACACAUACUUGAGAUUGACAACCUUAAAGGAGAAAAUCAAUCUUUGCAUACUAAACUCAACGAGAUUCAAUUACAAUUUAAAAAACAGAAAGAAACGAUCAAAGAUCUUACAGAGAAUCUGAGCGUGUUGGACGAAAACCGCACAACGAUCCAACGCGAGCUCCAACUCAAAAAUGAAGCAAUUAUUCAUUUGAAUGCUGAAGUUGAAAAGUUUAGAGACAGCGUUCAUGACAAAGAGCAACAACUACAAACACUGAAAAAGCAUGCCCUCACUGAUUUAGAAAAACAAGUCAUUGAAAAAUCUGAAGCUCUAGAUAACCAAAAGAAAAUCUAUGAACAAGACAUCUACAUGGUAAAAUCGCACCUUUCUGAAACUAAGAAAUUAUUUGAAAGUAAGGUUUCUCUAAUUGUAGAACUAGAAGCUAAAAUCUCUUCAUUGAAGAAUGAAAGCUUGGACAAGGACAAAGAAAUUACACGAUGGAUUGGCUCUUGUGAUGAUUUGAAAAACUCUUUCGAGGACGAAAGGAAGCAAUUUUCUUACAAGAUUGUUCAACUUGAAAAAAGUAUUUCUUCAAUGAAAGACCAAUUGUCACAACUCGAAAAGGAAAAGAUGAAUCUGGAAGAAGAAAUUGCAGCUAAAAACACAUCCAUUGAACAUUAUGAAAAGCAAAUGGCACAACUUGAGAGAUCAAUAGAAGAGGCAAGAACAGAAAUCAAACAAAAGAAUGUCGAAUUGGAAGAAGCCAAUACACUCUACCAAGAAAAAUCUCAAAGUAUGGCCACGCUUUUGGAAGAGAAGGAAAAGGAACUCGAUACAUUGAAAACUCAACUCUUGUUCUCAGAGAGCAACUAUCGAUUGUUGGAAGGCAGUAAGAAUCAGCUCGAGGAAGAUCUUUCACAACUUCACGAACGGGCGCAUCAGUUGUCCACUACGAUCCAUGAAAAUGAGCAAACGAUUCUCGAACUUGAAUUGCAAAUCGAUACACUUCAACAUGACUUGACUCAAAAAAUUAACACAACGACAGAAUUAUCGAAAACACUUGCAGAGAUGAAAGAUACCAAUGCAAAGAUGGAUAGCUUUAUCAUAACUCUAACCAACGAAACCAAAGACAAAUCACUCCUAAUUCAACGCCUUGAAAGGAGGAUUUUAGAGAAUACCAACGAAAUUAAGCAAUUGACAGAAGAUAAGGACCGAAUAAUAUCCAGUUUAGAAAAGAAAGUUGUUCUUUUAGAAAAAGACGCUUCAGAUAAACAGGAGGAUGUUAAUAGACUGGUCGCUCUCAAUGAAAAGCAAAAGAAACACUACUCAAAAAUAGUUAAUGAGCUUGAAUCUAACUUGGAAGAAAAAGAAAACAAAGAAAAGCUUCUCUCUGGAUCCUUUAAUGAGCACAGUGUUAAAAUUGCUGAAUAUUCUCGAAAGAUUGAAGCGAUGGAAUCUCAAAAACGACAAUUAUUGAAUGAUAUUGAGAAGUUAGAAAAUGAAACGCACGAAAAAGGUCAAGAAAUUCUUGAAUUGACUGAAAAGAACCAUUCUCUUCAAGGAAGAGUCGAAGAAAUGGAUAAGCGAAUCAUGCAACUCGAAAAACAGCGCAAGCAACAGCAACAAGAUUUCUCCAAUUUAGAGAACAAGUUGGAGGAAGAUUCUGCUAAAAUGAAACAACUUUCAAAAGAAUGCUUGGAUCUCAAGCAACAAUUGUCCACAGUGGAAGGUGAAUUAACUCUAUCAAAACACAAACUUUCAGUUUCAGAAAAAUCGAACAAUGAAAUUUCCCAUGAUCUUGAAGCAUGUCAUGAAUCUAUUUCUCAACUCGAGCAAGAAAUUAAAUUAUUGAAAUCCACAUCGAAAAAAGAAAAGGAAGAAUUGGAAAAUCAAACGAUCACAGAAAUUCAAAGACGUGAAGAAACGAUCAAACAGUUAAAAUCUCAACUUGCUCUCGAAACUAAAUUGAAAGAAGAGUUAGAGCAUGCCAAAGAUCUCAUUCAGAACACCUCGAACCUUAUUGACGAACAAAAUGAUGAAGUACAAUCUCUAGAAAAGGAAUUAACACAACAUUCUUCUCUGAUCGAUCAAAUGAAAGAAGACAAUGAACAACGAAUUUCUGAAAUAACCUUCUCAUGCCAGCAAUACGCUCAAGAACUUGAAUCCAAAGAACGAGAAUUAUCAGAACUACGACAUAAUUAUCAAAAAUUGGAAGGCAUGUUCUUCCAAAUGGAGAAAGAUUAUCGCACAUUACAAACACAAGAUAAUAUGAUUAACAAGCAAUUGGAAGAAAAAUGUGCAGAGCUUCAAAAUCGACUCGAAGAAACCAUUGAUCCCAUUUCAAAUCGAGAACAAGAAUUAAAAUUCUUAAUGAAAGAAAACUCAGAAUUGAGAGAACAAAUUCUCGAUCAAAAGAAUAGCACCGAUCGAAUGCAACAAGAAAUUGAACGACUUUUAGAACAGCUCACCAACAAUUCUAGUAUUAGCACGUCACCAACCAUGACCAUGACAGAUACAAGUAGUAUUCUUUCAACUUCAUUACUAUCAUCAACAAGUAUGCAAGGAUCAUUUGUGAGUAGUACCAUCACUACUGCACCGACGACAACUGCUUCGAUAGCAUCCACACGUGCUCAAACUCAACAAUCAAAAACAAACCCAUCUCCAAAGAAAACACAACACAUGAUACAAUCAGCUACUCUUGAUUUGAAACAUUUAUGGAAACAAUUAAGAGCCGAAAUUAUUCGAUUGAAACAGAAAAAUGUGGAACUAGCGCAACAAAUUAUGCAAGUUCAAAAAUCAAAGGAAGAAGCAAUUGUGAAAUAUGAAAAGCAAAUCAAGUCAACAUUUAUUGAUUUGAUGCAUUACAAAAAAGUGGCUGAAGAGGUUGAACAGUUGAAAUUGGAGAAUACUCGGAUAACAUUGGCAAAGAAAGAAGCGGAAGAUAACUUAUCCAAAGUUGGUUUGAAACUGUCUACUUUGGAAACGGAAAAACAAAAUUUAUGGAAAUUACAAGAACAAACAAGAAAGGAACUCAUUAAUUUGAAGGAAAACGUGAUCAAACUUUCAGAAGAAAACGAAAAACUCUCAAAAAUGGAAAUUAGGGCAUCCAAUCAAACGAAUAUUGAGCUGGAGAAGUUGAAAAAGGAGAAACGAAAUCUCGAAGAAAAGUUAUCAUCUGCCACCGACUCUUCCAAGAGUCAAAAAGAAAUUUCCCAGCUCACGAACAAGCUGAAAGAAGCUCGAACGACGAGAGAAAAACUUGAGAAACUUCUCCGAGAACAACGGCAUCAAAUUGAGGAAAUGGAUGCAAAGAAUAGAGAGCUGAGAUUGAAAAUCACCUCUCUUGAAUCCAAUUGUACCACAAAUAAAUAA